GGCGGCGGCGAGGCCGUUUAGCUCGCCGCCAUUUUGCGCAGCGGGCUCCGAGGAGCAGCAGCCGGGGCGCCUCUCCUCCUCCUCCUCCUCCACCAGCAUGUCGCGGGAUCGGUUCCGUAGCCGUGGCGGCGGCGGUGGCGGCUUCCACCGGCGAGGCGGCGGCGGUGGCCGCGGCGGCCCCAACCACGAUUUCCGCUCCCCGCCGCCCGGCAUGGGGAUGGGCCAGAACCGCGGGCCUAUGGGGGGCGGCCCGCAGGGCCCGGGCGGCCCGCCGGGCGGCGGCCCGAAGCCCGAACCGCCGAAGCCGCCCGCGUCAACCUCGGCUCCGCCGCCUUCGUCUUCUUCGUCCGCCUCUACCACGGCGGGGCCCGCCGGCAGCCAGCCCGGACCUGGGGCGCCUCCGCCGGCCGCUCUGCCCGCGGGGCAGCCGCCGCAGCAGCAGGCGCAGGGCUCCGCGCCCGCCUCAGCUCCCCCCGGCCCCGGCGGGCAGCCUCAGCCGCAGCCUAAGCCGAGCCCCAGCCCCACGCCGGCCGGAGGCCCUAAGAAAGGCCAAGGACAGUCGCCCGGCGGCGGGCCCAAGGGGCCGGGCGGGCCCCAGCAGGGGCCGGGCGGGCCGCAUAAAGGCGGGCCGGGCCACCGCGGCGGGCCGGGCGGAGAGCCGCGGGGCCGCGGGCAGCAGCACCAGGGACAGCAGAGCCUCUCGUCGCAGCAGGGCCCGGCCGGAGGCGGCGGAGGCGAAAAGCUUUCGGACGAGGGUUUUAAAGCGAAUCUCUCGCUUCUGAGGCGGCCCGGGGAGAAGACCUAUACUCAGCGCUGCCGUUUGUUUGUGGGGAAUUUGCCUGCUGAUAUAACGGAUGAAGACUUUAAGAGGUUGUUUGCCAAGUAUGGGGAGCCAGGAGAGGUUUUUAUCAACAAAGGGAAAGGCUUUGGAUUCAUUAAACUGGAAUCCAGAGCUCUUGCAGAAAUCGCGAAGGCAGAAUUGGAUGAUACCCCUAUGAGGGGUCGACAGCUUCGUGUUCGGUUUGCCACACAUGCUGCUGCUCUUUCAGUGCGUAAUCUGUCACCUUAUGUCUCCAACGAGUUACUCGAGGAAGCAUUUUCCCAGUUUGGUCCAGUGGAAAGAGCUGUUGUGAUUGUAGAUGAUCGAGGUAGAUCAACAGGAAAAGGCAUUGUUGAAUUUGCGUCAAAGCCAGCUGCUCGAAAGGCAUUUGAACGGUGUACUGAAGGAGUGUUUUUGUUGACAACCACUCCUAGGCCGGUUAUUGUGGAACCACUGGAACAACUGGAUGAUGAAGAUGGUCUUCCAGAAAAGCUUGCUCAGAAGAAUCCAAUGUAUCAAAAGGAAAGAGAGACUCCUCCCCGUUUUGCUCAGCCUGGCAGUUUUGAAUUUGAAUAUUCCCAGAGGUGGAAAUCUUUAGAUGAAAUGGAAAAACAGCAGAGAGAACAAGUGGCAAAAAACAUGAAAGAUGCCAAGGACAAACUUGAAAGUGAGAUGGAAGAUGCUUAUCAUGAGCAUCAGGCAAACCUCUUGCGUCAAGAUCUUAUGAGGCGUCAGGAGGAACUGAGACGUAUGGAAGAACUCCAUAAUCAAGAAAUGCAGAAACGCAAGGAAAUCCAGCUGAGGCAGGAGGAGGAGCGUCGCAGGCGAGAAGAAGAAAUGAUGAUACGUCAGCGAGAGAUGGAAGAACAGAUGAGAAGACAGAGGGAAGAGAAUUAUAGUAGAAUGGGUUACAUGGAUCCAAGGGAGAGAGACAUGAGAAUGGGUGGUGCCACCACAAUGAACAUGGGAGAUCCUUAUGCUUCUGCAGCCCAGAAAUUUCCACCUCUCGGAGGUGGUGGCGGCAUAGGUUAUGAAGCUAAUCCAGGAGUUGGCCAAGCAGCCAUGAGUGGUUCUAUGAUGGGAAGUGACAUGGUGAAGAUGCAAGCUGAGUGAAACUGGGGUGCUCAUCCAUUGGAAUUCAGGAGCUGAGCAUGAGCACAUCCAGCACGAUGUCCAGUGAUAUGUGAAUGGACCAAGAAAACAAGUGAACAAGUAAGUAGAUGCUGUCCUUAGGUUACUGAUCUGUUAGAGCAGUGCAUCACUCUGUGAUGUCAGGUAGUUCCUGCCUGGAAUUUGCCUCUUAUUAAUCUCAGUUUUAUAUAAAAAUUAUGAAUCUUUCUUUUGUAGAGCCAAGAUCUAACCAUUGUUUGAGGCUUUUCAGCCCUGCAGCAUCAAAUAAACUGUCAUCUGAACACUGUAGGUGGUCAAACAAGAAAUAAGCAUUUUUAAGUUAAGGCUCAAAUGGAGGAGUGUGAAUAGGAUGGAGUGAUAGGGUCAGCAAGGAAACAGGAAUAAAGCAGCUACUUCCAUGUUAAUCUAGCUAAAAGUUGUUAUAAGUGCUACUUAUCUGAAAUAGUUAAUGAACAUUGAACUUUCAAAAUUACCUGCAAGAUAGGUUAGUGCAUACAAGAACGCAAGCCAAUAGCUGUUUAGGGAAAUAAACUAACUGCAGAGCUGGAAUUAAUGAAAUUUUCCCUCUAAUUUGUUACUUAAACUACAAGGGGGAGCUUCAGAUAUUUUAAAUCUUGUGUGAGGAGCAACGUGCAAAAGUACCUUAACACAUGAGUGAGGGGUAAGUAAUGCUUAGCUAUGCCACAGCUGAACCUGUAAGAUGUGAAACCAGCGAGAUUCAAUUGGUGAACUCCUAUUGAAUCCUGUGCAACUUGUCACUGCUGCCCUUGUUUCUGGGGUAGUAAAACAAAGCCACUUGAUCUUUAGAGGUAGAUGAAAACAUGAAUGCUAUUCAUUUUAUCUCGAGUCUGAUGUAAGAACUUAUGAUCCUAGAGAGUAUUUAUUUGAUAGGUGCAUGACCUUUCUGUGUGAUGCACUGAUUCCCUUUCCAUGUCACUGUGUGUGAUUUCUGGUGGAAUUUUAAGGUUCUUGCUAACUCUGUGUUUUUCACUUGCAGAAGUCAUCCAAAUGCAGUGAAGAGGAGCAGGAACAUACUGAUUUUUACAAAUAAAAUAUUUAAUUUU